CCACGGCCUGCGGGCCACCGUCCGCGAGCCGGGAGGGGCGGGACCGGAAGUGACGGUGCGCCACUUCCGCUACCCGCGCGGGUUGCGGGGAUUCGGCGGGCUGCGUCGGGACCCGCGGAGUCCGCGCUUUCCUCUUACCUUUAGGAGAACCUGUUGUGAUGUUGUUUCAGAGCAACUAUGAGUGAAUUUCGGAUUCACCACGAUGUCAAUGAGCUGCUCAGCUUGCUGCGUGUCCACGGAGGGGAUGGGGCUGAGGUCUAUAUCGACCUGCUACAAAAGAAUAGGACCCCCUAUGUCACAACCACUGUAUCUGCACACAGUGCCAAGGUUAAAAUAGCAGAAUUUUCUCGUACUCCAGAAGACUUUCUAAAGAAAUAUGAUGAACUGAAGUCUAAAAACACAAGGAACCUUGACCCACUGGUGUACCUGUUAUCAAAACUCACGGAAGACAGAGAGACUCUGCAGUAUUUACAACAGAAUGCAAAAGAACGCGCCGAGCUUGCAGCCAGUGCCGCAGGCAGCAGUGCCGCCAACUUCAGUGCCCCUGCCACGGCCUCCAAAAUCUCCAUGCAGGAGCUGGAGGAGCUGAGGAAGCAGCUCGGCACCGUGGCCACGGGCUGCACACUGCAGCAGUCUCUGGAACUUACAAGAAAGUUGCUUCGAGAUAAGCAGAACAAAAAAAAUUCCGGCCAGCGCCUCCCGGUCUUUCCGCCGUGGGUUUACGAGAGACCCGCCCUGGCUGGGGAUUUCCUGACUGGCUCGGGCGUAAGCACUGACGCGGCUGUGCCUAUAGGCACGCUGCCCCUGGCCUCCCAGGAGUCAGCAGUGGUGGAGGACCUGCUCUAUGUGCUGGUGGGUGUGGACGGCAGGUACAUCACCGCCCAGCCCCUCACCGGGAGGCAGAGCCGCACCUUCCUCGUGGACCCCAACCUCGACCUGUCCAUCAGGGAGCUGGUGAACAGGAUCCUUCCAGUGGCUGCCAGUUACUCCACAGUGACCAGGUUCAUUGAAGAAAAGUCCUCCUUCGAAUAUGGACAGGUGAACCAUGCCUUGGCGGCUGCCAUGAGAGCCCUAGUGAAGGAGUACCUGAUCCUGGUCACGCAGCUGGAGCAGCUGCAGCGGCAGGGCCUCCUGUCGCUCCAGAAGCUCUGGUUCUAUAUCCAGCCGGCCAUGCGCACCGUCGACAUCCUGGCCUCCCUUGCCACGUCAGUGGAUAAAGGCGAGUGUGUUGGGGGGUCCACCCUGAGCCUUCUCCACGACCGGAGCUUCAGCUACACGGGCGACAGCCAGGCGCAGGAGCUGUGCCUGUACCUCACCAAGGCUGCCAGUGUGCCUUACUUCGAGAUGCUGGAGAAGUGGAUCUAUCGAGGAAUAAUCAAUGACCCGUACAGCGAGUUCAUGGUGGAGGAGCAUGAGCUGCGGAAGGAGAAGAUCCAGGAGGACUACAACGACAAGUACUGGGACCAGAGGUACACCGUCGUGCAGCGGCAGAUCCCCUCCUUCCUGCAGCAGAUGGCAGGCAAGGUUCUCAGCACAGGAAAAUAUCUGAAUGUAGUCCGAGAGUGUGGUCACGAUGUCACCUGCCCGGUGGCCAAGGAGAUCAUCUACACUUUGAAGGAGCGAGCAUAUGUUGAGCAAAUCGAGAAGGCUUUUAACUACGCCAGCAAGGUCCUGCUGGCCUUCCUGAUGGAAGAGAAGGAGCUCGUGGCACACCUGAGGUCCAUCAAGCGUUACUUCCUGAUGGACCAGGGGGACUUCUUUGUGCACUUCAUGGACCUCACCGAGGAGGAGCUGAGGAAGCCAGUGGACGACAUCACGCCCACCCGUCUGGAGGCGCUCCUAGAGCUGGCCCUGCGCAUGAGCACUGCCAACACGGACCCUUUCAAGGAUGACCUCAAGAUCGAUCUGAUGCCUCAUGACCUCAUCACUCAGCUUCUGCGGGUUUUGGCCAUCGAGACCAAGCAGGAGAAGGCGAUGGUCCAUGCUGACCCCACUGAGCUCACACUGAGCGGCCUGGAGGCCUUCUCUUUUGACUAUGUCGUCAAGUGGCCCCUGUCGCUGAUUAUUAACAGGAAAGCCCUGACGCGCUACCAGAUGCUCUUCAGGCACAUGUUCUACUGCAAGCACGUGGAGCGGCAGCUCUGCAACGUCUGGAUAAGCAACAAGGCCGCCAAGCAGUACUCGCUGCACUCCGCAAAGUGGUUUGCUGGCGCCUUCACUCUGCGACAGCGGAUGCUCAACUUCGUUCAGAACAUUCAGUACUACAUGAUGUUUGAAGUGAUGGAACCAACUUGGCACAUCCUUGAGAAAAACCUGAAAUCUGCGUCCAACAUCGACGACGUGCUGGGUCACCACACGAGCUUCCUGGACAACUGUCUGAAGGACUGCAUGCUGACCAACCCCGAGCUACUCAAAGUCUUCUCCAGACUCAUGUCCGUGUGCGUCAUGUUCACCAACUGCAUGCAGAGAUUUACGCAGAGCAUGAAGUUGGACGGUGAGCUGGGCCGGCUGAUGUUGGAGCAUGGCACGAUGCUGGGGCCGCCCACGGAGGCCGAGCGGGCAGAGGAGCGUGCCCGCAAGGAGCUUGCUAGGAAGUACCUGGCUGAGCACGUGGACGCCCCGCAGCUGGCCUCCAGCUUUGAGGCCACCAUCAACAGGUUUGAUAAGAACUUCUCGGCACAUCUGCUUGACCUUCUGGCCCGACUGAGCCUCUACAGUACCAGCGACUGUGAGCACAGCAUGGCCAGCGUCAUCUCCAGACUGGACUUCAAUGGCUUCUACACGGAGCGCCUGGAGCGUCUGUCUGCAGAGAGGAGCCAGAAGGCAGCCCCCCAGGUGCCUGUCCCACGGGUCCCCCCAGCCUCAGCGCCCAGGGUCGCUGUCACUGCACAGUGAGGCUGCGGGUGCCGUGGAGAAAUGAGUUCAGAAGCUUUACUUGAAUAUUGCUGAACCAGCUGUUGUUGCUGUGUGAAUAUAACGCUGAAUGUCAUCCCUGCCGCGCUGCUCUCGUGUCUGGGGGUCCUGGGUUCUGCUCUGCAGCAGCCGCCCAGACCUGAGUGGGUGUCUCCACAGCUGUGCUCCUCUGUGAGCUUUCUUCAGUUGAGCAGGGUCACUUUGUAAAAUGUGUUUGUUUUCAAAUAAAGACAAAGUGAAACCGUA